AUGUACCCCCGACGCCAUCUCAUUCCGCCCCCUUUUCUCUCUCCACCUUUUCUUUUCUUUUCAUCAUUAUUUUUUAUUUCAGCUCACUUCAGAACCUCAUUUAUAACUUCCGGUCCAAACAGCCCAUUCACUUCAAACCACACCAAUCCACUCCUUGGUGCAAACCACUCAGUUUGAACUUGGGAAAAUCACUAACAAAGCUCAUGGAACUCGAACAAAUAAGAAUCUUCAAGAUAUCAAAAAUCUCUAUUGCAAAGGUGUAUUAAUUUUUAAAUUACUUAUGAAGUUGGUCAUUGUUUUUAAAUCUUUGCUCCUAGAAUUUGUGAGAUUCAUAGGAUAGCCACCCUUAUAUGAAAGAUUUAUGGUCCUAAUCUUGGUUGAAAAGUUUUGUUUGAUUCUUUAAAUUAGAUAAUUUAAUAGGUAAUUAAUGAUUUUAAUUCUCUAAAAAUUGAGAGAUCAUCUAAAUAUUAAGCUAUCAAAAAAUUCUAAUUUAAAUCAAAUUUAAAGAUUAAUAUGUAGCUCUUUUUAAAGAGAUCUAUUAUAGUCCUUGUCUCGCAUCAAUUUGAAUGAGAGGAAUACUGGGGGUAACAACAAUAUUGUCAUGUCUAUUGAUUAGACAAGUCUGGCCAUCGAUAAUAGUAACUAGUAGAUGAUGAGGGGUAA